AUGGAUCUUAAGACGCUCAAAAACAAAGGCAAACUCAUUCUGAAAAAACGAGAGAAGCUGACCGAAGACGUGGUUAAUCGCUAUACAGAUGAGGAAGCUCAACUUCAGUUGAACUUACUGGAAGAUGCUUUCAGUAAGUACAACGAAGCCUACGAUUUGAAAAUAGUGGAAGCCAACGAUGAGGAGAUGGACAAGCUCAUAGAGGAUUUAGAAACGGUCAGUGACUACUAUGUUAAAGCUAAGGGUAAAUUAACUGGUCGGUUACAUGAGCGGACAGCUGCGACAAGCGUGUCUGAAAAAAGUGAAAACUCUAACAAUACACUUAGACUGCCACCGAUUAAUAUACCUACAUUUGAAGGGGAUUUCGAUGAUUGGUAUCCAUUUAAGGACCAAUUCAUCUCCAUCAUCCAUUCUAACACCUCUAUCGACAACACACGUAAGAUGUACUACCUCAAGUCGAGCUUGAAAGGUGCAGCAGCUCAAAUCAUCGAAUCAAUGGCAACUAUUGGGGACAAUUACCUAGAAGCGUGGACACUCUUACUAAGUAGGUACGACAACGAACGCCUAAUUGUACAGAGCCAUGUUCAACAACUACUGACACAAACCGUUCAUCAAACGGAAACCGCCGUGGGCCUAAAGUCAUUACUCGAUAGCACAAACAAACAUUUAAGAGCACUAUCAGUACUACAACAACCAGUAGACAAGUGGGAUGCUAUCAUCAUCGGCAUCGUUGCGACACGUUUGCCUACAGAAGUGAGAAGAUGUUGGGAAAUCGAGUCUGCGUCUUAUCCUGAAAUACCUACAUGGACAAAACUUAAGAGAUUUAUUGAGAAUCGAUUACAAGCCCUGAAUAUGUUACAAUACAAACCUAGCACUGUAAGUAAUGUUAUCAAUGCUGGUAAGACAAAACAGUUCGUUAGAACUACAGCGCAUUUGGCUACUGAUAGUAAAACCAUCAAUCAGUGUUCAAUAUGUACACAGAAUCACAUCAUUUACAAGUGCAAUACGUUCAUGAAGUCGAAACCCAGUGAAAGAUUGAAUUUAGCAAAAAAGGCAAAAAUAUGUUUUAAUUGUUUGCGCACAACACAUGGUGCGAAUCAGUGCACAAAUGAAAAGACUUGUAAAAACUGUGGUUUAAAAUACCAUACACUAUUACAUUUGGACAUAAAAAAGGUCAAUACACCAGAGGGUGAAAAUACUACAAGUGAACAGGAAAAGGAGCAUGGAUUUCAAAGUACAACAUCUCAUCUAGGAGCGGCAUACCCUACCACGUCUCAGAACAUCAUAUUAUCAACAGUAUUAGUACAUGUGAGUGGCAAGAAUGGUCGAACAGUGUUAUGCCGAGCACUACUAGAUUCUGGAUCACAAUCACAUUUUGUUACAUCGUCUUUUAUAACAGAACUAGGUAUUAACAGAACAAAAACACGUGUGAUUGUCAACGGUAUCUCUUCAGCAGAGACGACUGUUACCGAGAUGGCCGAGUGCACAGUGACGUCACGCUUAAACCACAAGCAGUAUCAAAUCACUGGCUUGGUAACACCAAGUAUUACUGUUAAAUUACCUGUCAACAAACUGGACACAUCAAACUGGCAUCAUUUACAAGGCAUACAAUUGGCUGACCCUACAUUCCAUUUACCAGGAAAAAUUGACAUGCUCAUAGGAGCUGAAUUCUUUUAUGACAUUCUUCAAGAUAGCAAACAUGUUGGACCAAAGGGUACUCCUAUAUUACAGAAUUCAAGGUUUGGUUGGAUCGUGGUGGGUUGCAGUAACAACAUAAUAAAAGAUGAUCUCGCACAUAUUACUACAAAUGUUAUUACAUGUUGUGCCACGUAUCAGCAACUUGAGAAACAAAUUGAAAAUUUCUGGAAUAUAGAAGAAGUGCCCAGAGUGACAAUUAUGUCAAAGGAAGAUCAAAUCUCUGAAGACCACUUUAUUAAAACAUUUAAACGCAACGAAAAUGGACGUUAUGUUGUUCGAUUGCCGUUUAAGGAAACUCCACAUUCUAUGAACAGUUCAUAUGACAUUGCUGUACGAAGACUAGCUCAGGUGGAGAGGUCUCUCAUUCGAAAUCCGUCGGUGUACAACCAGUAUCGUGAGUUCAUGAUUGACUAUCUUCGACAAAAUCACAUGGAACCUGUGCAACCCACUGAAGACAGUCCGGUCAUCUUUCUACCUCAUCAUCAUGUUUCACGUCCCUCAAGCGUCACUACCAAAUUGAGAGUUGUAUUCGAUGGAUCUGCUCUCAUCUAUAAUGGAAAAUCAUUAAAUGACAUGUUACAUCGAGGUCCUAAGCUACAAAGAGACAUUGUAAGAAUUAUGACUAGAUUUCGAAUGCACAGAUAUGUUUACACUGCUGACAUACGUCAGAUGUUUCGACAAAUAAAUAUACACUCCGAUGAUCAGUGUUAUCAAGGCAUUGUGUGGCGAAAUCACCCAUCAGAACCAAUAGAACAGUUCAAAUUGAAAACUGUCACCUAUGGUUUAAUAACUUCUCCGUAUCAUGCUCUCCGUACACUAGCUCAACUAGCUGUUGAUGAACAAGUGAAUUAUCCAGAAGGAUCCACAAUGCUUAAGAAUGACUUCUACGUUGAUGAAAUCAUGUCAGGAUGUAACGACAUCAAUGAUGCUAAAGCCCAAAUACAGCAGUUGAUUGACCUUCUUCACCAAGGUGGAUUUGAUUUGAGAAAGUGGGCCAGCAAUACACCAACCCUUUUAGAAAAUAUUCCAGCUGAACACCAAACGUUGCAGAUCUCAAUGCCCGAGCAAAACAGUGUGUCUGUGUUGGGAGUUUCAUGGAACACUACAAGAGAUACCUUUUCAUUUAAAGUAAAACCUCUACCAUCUUUGAAACGCAUCACUAAACGUGAACUAUUAAGUGAAAUUGCACGCACUUAUGACCCAUGUGGAUGGCUUGCGCCACUUAUAAUCGUCGUCAAGAUACUCAUGCAGCAAUUGUGGCAGACUGGCACCGAGUGGAAUGAUCCUGUGCCUAACCAACUACUUGAACAUUGGAUCGCUCAUCGGACAUCAUAUAACCAUUUACAACAUUUUGAAAUCCCACGCCAUGUUGGUAACAUCAUAGAUUGCCAACAAGGUUGCUUCUUACAUGGAUUCUCCGACAGCUCUGAACGUGCCUAUGCCGCUGCUAUCUAUAUCGUUUCAAACAACACUGGACAUUUACUGGUGUCAAAAACAAGGGUUGCACCAUUAAAAAGGAUUACCAUACCUAGACUGGAAUUAUGUGGUGCUACACUAUUAGCACAACUGAUGCACUCAUUGAUGGAAUCACUCCAAUUAAAAAUUGAUACAAUAACAAUGUGGACAGACUCCACAGUCACAUUACAGUGGAUACAAAGUGAUGCCAACAAAUGGACCACUUUUCCCUAA